GUCAGCCGUGGUGUGCGGCUUCAACUAUAACGGCCAGUGCAGCAUCCCAGCACUUCCACGAGGCCUGACUUGCACCCAGGUCGCCGCUGGGUGGUACCAUACGAUCCUACUCUUGAGCGAUGGCUCGGCAGUGGCACGCGGCGGUAACAACUGCGGCCAGUGCAAUAUUCCAGCGCUCGUGGGAGGCCUGACCUACACCCAGGUCGCCGCUGGAGGGUAUCAUUCUAUUCUCCUCUUGAGCGACGGGUCAGCCAAGGCCUGCGGCUGCAUCACCUUUGACGGCCAGUAUGACCUACCGGCGCCCAGGGAAGGCCUGACCUUCACCCAGGCGUCCGCUGGAGGGUACCAUGCGAUUCUGCUCUUGAGCGAUGGGUCGGCCGUUGCUUGCGGCAGCAACUUUUUUGGUCAGUGUGAUAUUCCGCCGCUUGAAGAAGGCCUGACCUAUAUCCAGAUCGCAGCUGGACGGUCCCACACCGUUCUUCUCAGGAGCGAUGGGUCUGCUGUGGCCUUCGGCCUCAACGAGUUUGGCGAGUGCGACAUUCCGGCGCUCGUGAGAGGCACGGUGGGGGAUAUCCACGUCGCCGCUGGCGAGUCCCACACGGUCCUGAUCAGGAGCGACGGGUCGGCCGUGGCGUGCGGUGGCAACCGCUUCUGCCAGUGCAACCUCCCCGCGCUCGAGGAUGACCGCUUCUACGUCCAGGCCGCCGCAGGAGGGAGCCACACGGUCCUCCUCCGGAGCGACGGGUCCGCCGUGGCCUGCGGCAGCAACGACGCCGGCGAGGGCGACAUUCCGCAGCUGAAGUACAUGGCGCCCUCGCUGAGAACACUGCUGCUGCAGGCGUUGUUCGACGGCGUCUCGGUGCGGUUCCUGACCCUCGGCGGGGAGGAGCGUUGCCGCUUCUGGGCGGCGCCCGGCACGCUGCUCGCGGACGUGCGGGACUGGCUGGCGGCAGACAGUCGCGGGGGCAGGCUGUGCCCUGGUCCCGUGCGGGUGGACGCGGUCCUGCCCGAGGGGCGGCUGCUGAGCGAGGCCGCGGCCGGGGACACAGUCGAGGGCACCUUCGGGCCCGCGGGCCGGUCAAGGUCAUAG